CGCUCAAAGUCUUCCGGCGGAAAAGUUUCGCCACCGCGGAGGUGCCCAACCGAGAGCAGGAUCCGGCGAGGAGUCAGUGAGGGGCUUGUUGGGGUUUGGGGGCUUUAUGGCGCUGCCAGGAGGAAAUAAAGAUAACAUCAGGGCCGGGUGCAAAAAAUGUGGCUAUCCCGGCCACCUUACAUUUGAAUGCCGAAACUUUCUCCGUGUGGACCCGAAAAGAGAUAUCGUUUUAGAUGUCAGCAGUACAAGCAGCGAAGACAGUGAAGAGGAGGAGCUGAGUAACCUGCAGGCUGUACCAGAGAAAAAAAGUACUACUGAGGACGAAGAAAAGAAAAGGGCUAAGAAGAAAAGCAAAGAAAAACCAAAACUGAAGAAAGGAAGGAAGAGAUCUUAUUCAUCAAGUGCCACAGAAGAGGAAGAGACCAAGUCAAAGAAACAGAAAUACCACAAGAAGGAAAAGAAGGAGAAAAAGAGUAAAUCCAAGAAAAGGAAACAUCACAAAAAGGAGAAGAAAAAGAGGAAAAAAAGAAGAGACUCCUCUUCUGAUAGUACAGACUCUUCUAGCAGUGACUGAGAAGCAAAGCUAGGCUGAUCUUUUAGUUUUGUUGUGAUUAUGAGUUGGAUCCAUUCAAAGAGUUUGUGGAAUGAGUUGGCAGAGCAGAUCUUUUUCCACCUUCCCCUUCACCAAGAAGCCUGCCAUCCGUCCUGAAACUCAUCAGGAGACCCUGACCAGCAAAAUGUGCCGCAAGAUAGGACACUGCAAGAAUGGAAGAGAAUUUGAUAUGAUUGCCUCUUUCUUCCUCUUCUGCUGGCUCUCACGAGCCAGUCCCCCCCCCCCAGUCAACGCAGCACUCAUUCUGAGGCCAUUUCAGAGAGGAGUUUUGGGGAAAAUCCCUGGUGUGUGUGUGGGGGGGGGGGAAAGGUGAAAUUGUGUAGAGAUCUGUUAUGCCAGCUCCUUCCAUGAACCACCCUUUGCUGCAUCAAACCUUGUCUUUAGCUCUCUGUGAAGCUGCCCAGUUAAAUAUAUAUAUAUUUUUACUCAAA